GGGCGCGGCGCAGGGCGGUGAGGCCGGGAGACCCGCGGGAAGGCACCGCCUCCUCCCCCGCCCUCUCCGCUGAGGAUGGAAGUGACGACAGCAGCCGAGGAGGUCACUUCCUGCUGGGGUGGAUGAGGAGGAGCCGGAGACGCCGCGGAGGAGACCGGACUGAAGACGGACCGUGCCGGGGAGAGGUGAGCCCCGGCCUCGCCGCCGCCGCUGGAGUCCCCCGGGCCGACCCCUCGGGCCUCGGCGGGGACGGCGUCGCUGAGGAGGGUGAAAAUGAAAGCAGGCUGUAGCAUCGUGGAGAAACCAGAAGGAGGUGGAGGGUAUCAGUUCCCUGACUGGGCCUACAAAACGGAGUCGUCCCCAGGCUCCCGGCAGAUCCAGCUGUGGCACUUCAUCCUUGAGCUGCUGCAGAAGGAGGAGUUCCGCCAUGUCAUUGCCUGGCAGCAGGGAGAGUAUGGGGAGUUCGUCAUCAAGGACCCAGACGAGGUGGCCCGCCUCUGGGGCCGCAGGAAGUGCAAACCUCAGAUGAAUUACGACAAGCUGAGCCGGGCCCUCAGAUACUAUUACAACAAGAGGAUCCUUCAUAAAACAAAAGGCAAAAGGUUUACUUAUAAAUUUAACUUCAACAAGCUGGUGAUGCCCAACUACCCAUUCAUCAACAUUCGGUCAAGUGGUGUGGUUCCCCAGAGUGCGCCACCAGUGCCAACAGCUUCCUCCCGGUUCCACUUCCCACCUCUCGACACGCAUUCGCCAACUAGUGAUGUGCAGCCAGGGCGGUUCUCUGCUAGCUCCCUAACUACUUCUGGCCAGGAGUCCUUGAGUGAUGGCACUGACAGAAAGGCGGAGCUUUCGGAGCUGGAGGAUGGCUCAGCCACUGACUGGCGCCGGGGCGUGGAUCUCAUGUCCUCUCGGAAUGCUGUCGGUGGAGGAGGGAUUGGCCAUCAGAAACGGAAGCCUGACAUAAUGCUUCCUCUGUUCACUAGGCCAGGGAUAUACCCUGACCCCCACAGCCCCUUCGCUGUCUCUCCAAUACCUGGCCGUGGAGGUGUCCUUAACGUCCCCAUUUCACCAGCCCUCUCUCUGACUCCUACCAUCUUCUCCUAUAGUCCAUCACCAGGCCUAAGCCCCUUCACCAGCAGCAGCUGCUUCUCCUUCAACCCUGAGGAAAUGAAACACUACCUUCAUUCGCAAGCCUGUUCUGUGUUCAACUACCACCUGAGUCCCCGGACUUUCCCCCGUUACCCAGGGCUCAUGGUUCCACCCCUGCAGUGCCAAAUGCAUCCCGAGGAGUCAACCCAGUUUUCUAUCAAGCUGCAGCCCCCGCCAGUUGGGCGGAAGAACCGGGAGCGGGCUGAGAGCAGUGAAGAGUCAGCACCUGGCAGUGCUCCUGCCGCGGCCCCUAUCCCGCCAAGAAUUAAGGUGGAGCUUGCCUCUGAAAAGGAUCCAGAGAGCCUCAGGCAGCCUGCCCGAGAGAAGGAGGGACACGCUCAAGAGGAGGGCACUGUACCGAGCAGGACCACAGAAGAGGAGAAAGGCACCAUCUUUGUCCGCCCAGCCGCACCACCUGUCUGGCCCUCUGUACCCAUUAGCGCCCCAAGUGAAGAACCCCUAGAGGUGACUGAAGACAGUGAGGACAGGCCUGGCAAAGAGCCCAACACAUCUGAAAAGAAGGAAGAUGCCCUGAUGCCCCCCAAGCUUCGAUUGAAGCGGCGCUGGAACGAUGACCCAGAAGCCCGAGAGCUGAGUAAGAAUGGCAAGUUCCUCUGGAACGGGUCAGGACCCCGGGGCUUGGCGGCGGCAGCUGCUGAUGCCUAGAACUGGAGGUUGAUUGGAAGCUGUUUAUACUAUAAUCAAAUACAUACCUGUAUUUAUGUAGCAAGAUUUCAGGGCAGGGGUGGGAGGGAGGGAGGGACUUAGACUGGUUUGAUCAUUCUAGGGGCAUAGACUUGUAUUUUUAUGUUUUGGGAUAGGAUGGGGGUAUCUUCUGUUGUAAAUUAGGUGGGAUGUGAACACUUUUUUCCUGGUUAGUAGGGCGUAAGGAGGGUAUUGAACCGCAAGGAGGAGGAACCUCCAUUUCCAGUUGAGGGCUACACUUUAUGACAAGGAAACUCCUAAAGGGCCAAGGUACUUUUUGGUCUCAUGAUAGUUCAGGUUCCAGGCAUCUUUCUUUUAUAUUUGUAAAUGGAAAGCCAUUGAUGAAUUUAUUUUUUCUCUUUUUGCUCUGACAUACAUAAAAGGGAAGAGGGCAUGGUUGGGAGGUUGAGCAGUGGGAGGCCGUUAAUAAUAAGUAUUUUUUGCCUGAAAUGUUUCUUUAUAAUUAUUUCAGGGGAGGAAUAAGAUAAUCUGAGUCUUACUUGGGGGGAGGGGAGGUUGUUCAGAUGUUUCUCGUUUUCUCUUUUCCUUUACUGUUGGUCAGCAUUUUUUCUUUUCCUUUAAGAAAAAAGUUUUCAGGAAACAUGAAACGUAUCACCAAUUAGCGUGGGACUAGGAAGGCACAGGAGCUGUCCGUCUCUCAGCUGCUGUGAGUUUCGUGGACUUUCCACCUACUUCACCUAUUGAAGAAGCCAUGAGGAGUUGUAAACUCUUGUUCAGGGAAGAAAGAAGAGGGCAGGAGGAAGUAACCCUAUGCCUUUAAAAACAAAACAAAACAAAAAACGAUGACCUUUAAUUUUUCUCUUUCCAUUGUGGGUUUGGGGAGCCAAACCAAAGCGUGACUGAGCGAUCUCACUGAGAGGCGUGGCAGCAUUGUUGAAAAUGUCUGUCCAUUAUGUCUGGUUCUUUUAUCAUUUUCUUAAGUCAAGCCUUAACUAUGAACGUACUUUAACGUGAUACGGGUCUGUCAGCAUAAACCUGUAAGAGGGCACGGACAACUCUUCAGAUAACCCAGGAAUGUUGAGACAUGGUUAAAUUUCUAGCUAGCAGUUAGUUGUUCUCUCUUGAUGUUUCUGGGAUGGGUAGCAGAAAGGGAGUUAAAGGGCAGACGAUACCUGAAACUGCAGAAGGGAGCUUGGGAGUACAAGUAGUGAAACUGAGGGAAGAGCUGGACAGAAGACACGAAGACAGCCAGAUGCGAAAAGGCCUGAUACAAACAAAAGAGUUGGUGUCUGUCCUGUUGUGUUGCCAUUCUGGCCAUACCCAUUUUCCUAGAUUGUUCUGAUUGUCAUGAUCAAUUGGCUAUUCUACAUAAGACUCCAGAUUAUAGACAGUGAGGAAUUGUUUCUUCAUGGGGAAUUCCCUUCCAGCAACUUCAAAGGAAUGGGAGAGUACUGAUGCUGCAUGACGCAGGAAGGGCCCGAGCUAGGGGCAUGGAGAAGCAGCAGCCAGCUGUGUGUGUGCGCCCACACCCGUCAUGCCCGUCAUGCAUUUAGUUGUAUGUAAAUACUGACUGGCUCAAAUUGGCCCAACAGCAGGGAGAAAAUGACUCCUUAUCUGAUGGGGGCAAGGGGUGGGUACAAGGGUGGUGUCUAGGAAUUGGAGAAAUUCCUGACUCCACCUUAGCCUAAGUAAACUACAUACUAAGAUGUAUUUGAAGGUUGGCUUUUAAUGGUGGAGGGCAUUGUUUUCUUUUUAAACUGGACUGUAUGCAUGAGAGAGAGGCUAAGGAAAGGUUAGAGCAGGUGAGUGAGUCAUUAGAUGGCCUGGGAUGGCUUAGGUCUAUCACGCCAUUUGUUGGAAGUGUCCCCCCCGUUGUUUGAUUGAAAUUCCACCAGUGACUCAUCUCUCCUCAGAAAAGAGAUUGGGAGAAUGGUCCCUAGCAACUCAGGCUCUCGUCAGGCUGUCAGGCUGCUUUUGGUGAUUGUGUUUUUGUCAGUUUCUUUCUCUGCACCUUGACUUACCUCUGAAUCAGAAAGCAAGCCCAGGCAGGUGGAGGAGGAAUCUCUGCUUGGCAUUGCCCGAUCUAACCAGGGAGGCUCGCUGGCCACCCUCUGUCUGCUAGAGGGGAGGGCCAGCAGGUGUAUGAACUCAGGAAUAGAAACAUGAGGCCUUUAAAAUAAGAGAGGGAGAAAAAUCCACAAUGCAUACCUGUAACCCCCUAGAACCCAAGUGCCAGAAUUAGUUCCUAGAUGCUGCUGCUGUUUGAACAAAAAGUUUUUACACUUGAAAAAAAAAAAAAGAAAGAAA